AUGCCCAACAGCCAAAUGACUCUCCAGCAGUGGGGAAACUACAGCUCUCAGCAUGCCCUGACAGCCGAAGGAAUCUCCAGCGCUAGGGGAACUACAGCUCCCAGCAUGCCCCCACAGCCGAAGGACUCUCCAGCGCUUUGGGAAGAUAAGGAAGGCAAGAAGAAGAUGAACAAGAAUAACGCCAAAGCCCUGAGCACGCUGCGCCAGAAACUUCGCAAGUACAACCGCGAUUUUGAGGCCCCAAUUGCUGCCUACAAGCAGAAUCCCGAGGAAUCGGCUGAUGAAGACCAAGACAAAGAUGAGGAUGAAGAUGACUCGGAUGCCUCGUCCUCCAGCGAUGACGAGAAAGAUGGAGGCAUCAGCGCCAGCAAGUUCCUGAAGAAGGUGGACGCCGCCCCACCUGACUCCCGCAAGUUCCCGAAGAAAGCCGAGGACGCAGAGGAUGAUGAGGAAUCUUCUGAUGAUGAAAUCUGGGAGUCCGACUCUGAGGACUCCGACUCUGAAUCCGACGACGAAGAAGGCAAAUACACCACCCUGGCCGCCAGAUUCCUCAAGAAGACGGGACCUCCAGGAGAACGUCAGACCACCGAGAAGAAGAAGGAGGAGAAGGCCAAGAAGAAGCAUGAUCGGAAAGUCAAGAGCAAAGCCGAGGAGGAAGCUGAAAUGGAUGACAACGAGGGCGGGGGAGAGUGGGAGAAGGUCAAAGGGGGCGCCCCAAUGGUUAAGGAGAAGCCCAAGAUGUUUGCUAAAGGUACAGAGAUCACCCCCCCAAUUGUGGUCAAGAAGCUGAACGAGAUUCUUCAGGCCAGAGGCAAGAAGGGCACAGACAGAGCGGCGCAGAUUGAGCUCCUUCAUCUGCUCGUCGGAAUCGCUGAAGAGAAUAAUUUGGGGCAGGGUAUCGCCGUUAAGAUCAAGUUCAACAUUGUGGCCUCGCUGUAUGACUACAACCCCAAUCUGGCAGCAUACAUGAAGGCCGACAUGUGGAAGAAGUGCCUGGAAUGCAUUAACGACCUGCUGGACAUCCUCUUCUCCAACCCCAACAUGUUCAUCGGGGAGAACAUCGCUGAAGACUCCGAGAACCUCAUCAUCUCCGACCAGCCUAUGCGUGUCCGCGGCUGCAUCCUCACCCUGAUCGAGAGAAUGGAUGAAGAGUUCACCAAAAUCAUGCAGAACACAGACCCGCACUCGCAAGAAUAUGUGGACAAUCUGAAGGACGAGGCUCGUGUCUGCGAGGUGAUCGAGCGGGUGCAAAAAUACAUGCAGGAGAAGGGCAGCACGGAUGAGAUCUGCCGCGUCUACCUCCGCAGGAUCAUGCACACCUACUACAAGUUUGACUACAAGGCCCAUCAGAGGCAGCUCAGCACCGGCCAGGAGUCUAAGUCUGAACAGGACCAGGCAGAGAACGAGGCGGAGGACAGCGCCGUCCUCAUGGACAGACUCUGCAAGUACAUCUAUGCCAAGGACAGGACGGACCGUAUCCGCACCUGCGCCAUUCUGUGCCACAUUUACCACCACGCCCUGCACAACCGCUGGUUCCAGGCCCGAGAUCUCAUGCUUAUGUCUCACCUGCAAGACAAUAUCCAGCACGCCGACCCCCCUGUGCAGAUCCUGUAUAACCGCACCAUGGUCCAGCUGGGCAUCUGCGCCUUCCGGCAGGGAAUGAUCCGCGACGCGCACAACGCCCUCCUGGACAUCCAGUCCAGUGGCAGAGCCAAGGAGCUGCUGGGUCAGGGUCUGCUGAUGAGGACCAUGCAGGAGCGGAACCAGGAGCAGGAGAAGAUCGAGAAGCGGCGACAGAUCCCCUUCCACAUGCACAUCAACCUGGAGCUGCUGGAGUGCGUCUACCUGGUGUCCGCCAUGCUGCUGGAGAUCCCCUACAUGGCCGCGCACGAGUUUGAUGCCCGCAGGAGGAUGAUCAGCAAGCAGUUCCACCACCAGCUGCGUGUGGGCGAGCGGCAGCCCCUGCUGGGACCCCCAGAAAGUAUGAGGGAGCACGUGGUGGCCGCGUCCAAGGCCAUGAAGAUGGGAGACUGGAAAACCUGCAGGAACUUCAUCAUCAACGAGAAGAUGAAUGGGAAGGUGUGGGACCUGUUCCCAGAGGCGGACCGUGUGCGCAACAUGCUGAUCAGGAAGAUCCAAGAAGAAUCUCUGAGGACGUAUCUGUUCACAUACAGCAGCGUGUACGACGCCAUCCGGAUGGGCAUCCUGUCCGACAUGUUCCAGCUGGAGAUCCCCGCCGUGCACGGCAUCAUCAGCAAGAUGAUCAUUAACGAGGAGCUCAUGGCUUCCUUGGAUCAGCCCACCCAGACAGUGGUGAUGCACGGGACGGAGCCCAGUUCCCUCCAGAACACGGCUCUGCAGCUGGCGGAGAAACUGGGCAACCUGGUGGAGAACAACGAGCGGAUAUUUGACCACAAGCAGGGCAGCUAUGGUGGAUACUUCAACCGCGACCAAAAAGACUCGUACCAGAGGAAGGAGGGCGGCUACAUGCGGCGGGGGUACCGGCGGGACCAGCAGAAUCAGAGCAACUACUGAUCCGUCCGCCAUCAUCCCUUCUUCACCAGAUUCUCCGCUGUUAUUUUUAUUUUAUUUUUUUGCCAUCAUGUCUAUUAAUAAAGGUAUUGGAGUGAA